AUGCCAGACUACCGUGAAGGAGUGAAGGAACACACGGUUGCUGAAUCGCUGAAAUUCGGACGGUUCGCAGCAAGCAUCGAUGCCACAAUUCAAUUCAAGCUUGCUGCUAUGACAGAUCAGAUCCACCUGUCUUUCGCAACUGUGGCUGUCGCGUUGCUUCGCGUUCAGACCGUAAAGGUCGACGAGGAUCAGCGAGCUGCGUUGCUUCCUGGCCAAUGUUUUCCGAAGCUUCUGGAGAACCAGAGAAAGUUCUGUUCCUGUGUUCGAAACCAGCACUUCAACAAAGUUAUAUCGCAGUGCCAGACCCGCAGCAGUGACGUGAAUCUCAUCCUGCGCACUCCUCCGAUGUGUGAUCUGAUGUCAGAAGCGGAGAAACGGCCUGUUAUAAAGCACAUGCAGAUUUCCCGAAUUCUGAACCUCGAAAUCUUGGAUGAAAUCGAAGAAAGAAAUGAAUUCUAG